CUAGACAAAAGAGUCGGUCUCGCCUCCUCACACCCCACUCGACAGGCUCCACACCGGACCACCUCGCCGCCACCACCGCCCCGCCGCGUCCCCCGCCGCGAUCAACCGCCACUUCCCCCUCGCCUCUCGCCGGCGGCCUCCCCGCCACCGCCAUGCAGGCCCGCGUCGUCGUCUUCCCCAUCAGGGGCCGCGCCUGGUGUUUCGCCCGCCCGCGCCCCGUCCUCCCCGCCACCUCCGCCUCCGCCUCCGCCGCGGGCAGCGGCGCUCUCCCGCCGCCGCCCACCCUCAAGGACCUCUGGCUCGGGAUCUCCGCCGGCGGCCGCACGGCGCCCGAGAACGCCGAGGCCGUGGCCGACUUCGUCGCCGACAAGAUGAACAGGGCGUGGAUUGGUUUCGGCAGCGCGCCGGAGGGAUCAGUAAAGAGGCGGAUCCACAGCUUUGGGUUAAAGCUGCUUUCGCGGGUGCGGCCAUCAGAGACUCUGUUGAAGUCACUGACCAAGGAUGUCUCCAUGCUUGAAAUCGUCCACCCUGCAAGUAUAAAUCCUCGUCUCGUGCGCCGACGCCUGCGGCACAUUGCUGUUAGGGGUGCAGCUAUUCACAAAAAAUAUCUGUAUGGCAGCAUUUGCAUGCUUCCAGUAACGAGCGUUUUCAUGGUACUGCCUUUGCCAAACAUACCAUUUUUUUGGACGCUGUUUCGAGCUUAUUCUCACUGGCGAGCUCUCCAGGGAAGCGAGAGACUCCACUUGCUAGUUUCAGACUGCUCAGGUGAAGGGAAAACCCUUCUCGAGAAGAAAAAUGGAAUGAGUACAAGAAAGGAUGACGACUCACAGUAUGCUCCGUGGAACUUUCAGCCAUCACAGAAGCUCGAUGGGUUCCUUAAGAGGAGAGGCUUGGACCAGGGUCUGGAUUGCGACACUAUUUCAAGGAUAUGCCAGACGUACGACUUGGACAAGGUUGAUGUCCUGAAGUACAGGGAUCUGGAGUGGCCUAGCUCAGCUUCUCGCACUACCUAGGGUGGGCUAGCUCAGCUUCUCGCACUACCUAGGGAUUCUUUGCCCACCGAUGUCUGUACGGUAAAACAACUCUACUGGAUGAUAACUGCUGGAGGGUGAUCAGGCUGGAUCUUUUUUGCUUGGGACAUGAACAUUUAACCAGCAUGGCGGAUCAUGCGGUGCCCGCAUCAAUCUGCUGUUAGCUUAGAAAGCUGAGAAACUAAGAGGACCUCUGAAACCGUAGCAACCCCAUAUGGUGACCCCCCCGUUGCUCUGUACCCAGGGUGUAAAUAGAGUUUGGUGGUGACCUUCUACACCUGCCAUUUCAGCACCUCUGGGUGAUAGGAGACUUUACCUGCUCAAAUCAACAGCUGGGUACUGAGGUUGAACAUGACCUUUUUUAUUUUUGUUUUCUUCUAUCCAUGCAUCUGAAUUCUGAAUCCAUCUUUGGUCAGAUCUGAAUCUUGCCAGGAUCUUGUCUCUGCAAAGCAAGCAAAAAGAAACUGGUCUUUAUGCUGA